AUGGCUUUCAAGAGGUUUUUCUGGGUCUCCUCGCUCAUUUCGCUGGCCCUUGCUCAAGCGCAGAAUAACAAUCAAGGAGGUGCCACAUUAGACCCAGAGGUCAUUCAACAAGGCUCUUUUGUCGAUGGCAAGAGCUCUUUGGGUGCCGAGGAUGUUCAGGCAGCCUCAGCAACCUCCCAAAACAACUUCAUCAACUUUUGCAAGGGGCAAACACUUACCAACGGUUUCCAAAUCACGACCGGUUCUUGUAACGGCAUUGUGAUGGGUCAAAUUCCUGCUAAAGACCGAAUGAUCUCCACCGUCAUUACAAACCCAGCGAACGGUGCCACCAUUCCGUCUAAUCAAGACUUUGAGAUUGUUGUUCAAGUUACCAACCUCAAUGCCGGAGCCUUUACGAACGCUGCUGUCACCUACUAUUCCGCACCCCAGCAGUUGGAUAACGGCAAUAUAGUGGGACAUACUCAUGUAACCGUACAAGACACGGGUGCCGAUCUGAACCCUCAACAACCAAUGGAUCCGCAACAGUUUGCCUUUUUCAAAGGUAUCAACGACGCCGGUAACGGCCAGGGCAGACUUAGCGCUGCGGUGACCGGUGGCCUUCCGGCCGGAAACUACCGUGUCUGCACUCUGACAGCCGCAGCCAACCACCAACCAGUCAUCAUGCCUGUCGCCCAGCGCGGAUCACAAGAUGACUGUGUCAGAUUCACCGUUACUGGUGACGGGAACACUCCGAACGAAGCCGCCAACAAUGGCGCAAAGGGUCAGGCAGCAGCAGCUCUGGUUGCUGAUGCUAUUGCCCUCGGCCCCGGCGCCCCUAAUCCGGGUGGCAAUAAUGCAGGAGGGAAUGGUCAAGGAAACGGGCAAGGCAACGGGCAGGGCAACGGGCAGGGCAACGGGCAGGGUAACGGGCAGGGUAACGGGCAGGGUAAUGGGCAGGGUAACGGGCAAGGAAACGGGCAAGGCAACGGGCAGGGUAACGGGCAGGGUAAUGGGCAGGGUAACGGGCAAGGAAACGGGCAAGGCAACGGGCAGGGUAACGGGCAGGGCAACGGGCAGGGUAACGGGCAGGGUAAUGGGCAGGGUAACGGGCAAGGAAACGGGCAAGGCAACGGGCAGGGUAACGGGCAGGGCAACGGGCAGGGUAACGGGCAGGGUAAUGGGCAGGGUAACGGGCAAGGAAACGGGCAAGGCAACGGGCAAGGUAACGGGCAAGGUAACGGGCAGGGUAACGGGCAGGGUAACGGGCAAGGGAAUGGGCAAGGAAAUGGGCAAGGAAAUGGGCAAGGAAAUGCCGGAAAUCCAGCCGGUGGCGAUGCUGCUGCCGGGAAUCCAGCCGGUGGUGAUGCUGCUGGUGGUAAUGGUGGCGGCGGGAACGCGGCUGGCAACAACAAUGCAAAUGCUGGCAACAACAAGCAAGCAGAUGGCCAGAAUAGGGAGGGCAAGGGAAAAGGGAAGGCCAACGGCAAUGAUAACGCCCAACAAGAGCAAACAGGACAGGAAGGCCCAGCACUUGAUCCUGCAGCGGCACCUACCCCUCCUGCGGCAGCUCGUCUUGCCCGUCUUGCUCGCCGUCGGAGAUUCAUCGCAUAA